GACGCUUUGAAUGAAAAAAGCAUUCUUUUUACGCGUCUGGAUGGUACGAUGACUCGAGCUGAGCGUACGCAAAAUAUGGACAUUUUUAAGCAGGAAAAUGACGUGAGCGUCAUACUCGUUUCAUUAAAGGCUGGUGGUGUUGGAUUGAAUUUAACAGCCGCUCAAAGAGUAUAUCUUAUGGAUCCUUUUUGGAAUCCAUCGGUAGAAAAUCAAGCGAUUGAUAGAAUCCACCGAUUAGGACAGACCUCUGCUGUGGAUACUAUUAGAUUUAUUAUUCGA